AUGGCUACCGAAGCCCCCACUGCCGUCAAUGGCAGCGAAUCCAAGUCUCUCGCCGCCAUGCUGGCGGAGCAGCACACCCGCGAUGAAGUCCACAAAGUGACGGUGGAGGAUGUUAUUGAUGAAGAGGAUCUCAAGCACUCCUCUCAACCCGUCAUCCAAUCAUCGGAACCUGCGGUUGCUUCCUCGUCGGAACCAUCGAUUGUGGCAGAGAACCCCUCCCCCGCGCCCACUCCUACGCAGGCCCCAAAGAAGGCCCCAGCCUUUGACGUUCGCUCGGAGGAGCUGUUCCCAGCCUUGGGAAGUGGACCCAAGCCCACUAUCCCUACUGCCGCUACAUGGGGUGCGAAGCCUUCCGCGGCAUCAGCUCUGGCAAAUGGCCUACCACCCCAAUCAACGAUAGAUAUGCCUCGAGUGAUGUCUCUGCCCGGAAAGCACACUGAGCAACUUCGAUUGGCCCCGUCCCAGAUGCUGCCCCGUGGACAGCUCAAGAAACCUCUGCGCGACAUUCUGCGCGAUAUUUCUCGCAAGUCCAAGGCCAAUGUUGAUAUGCGCGGCGGCCCUGGUGGCUCUGUCAUCUUUGAAGGUAAGGGCUCUGUGGAUUCCGUCCGCCAAGCUCUGAAGCAGGUCGCGCAACUGGUCGGAUCAAAGCAAUCUGUAAAGGUCCCCAUCCCAACCUCUGCCCGUGCCCACAUCAUUGGUCGUCAGGGAGCCGUUGUCAAAGAUAUCCAGACCCGUACUGGUGCCCGCGUUCAGGUCCCACGUGCCGACGAUAAUGCUGCCCCCGUCGACGACGAUGACUGCGACACUAUCGACGUUUUGAUCGAAGGUGACGCAGUUGCCGCAGAGAUGGCGCGCCGAGAGAUUGAGGCCAUUGUGAAGGAGCGAGGUUCGAGCAUGAACUUGCGCUUGAAGACAAUCCCUCCUGAAUUUUUCCCAUUUAUUGCUGGAGCGCACGAUGCGGCCUUGAGGGAAAUUGAGGAGCGCACAAAGGCGCAGAUUAACGUGCCCCGUUAUGACACUUGGUCUUUCCAAGCCCCUCCACAGGAGGCAAAUCCCGGCCAGGUUAAGUUUGUGCCUGUUACUGACAAGCACAUCACUUUGUCUGGAGAGCGGGCCGCCACUCAGGAGGCUCGCGCGGAGAUUGAGCAAUUGGCUGCCAAUCUUCAGCGAAAUUUGACUCUGCGUCAGCUGGCAAUCAACCGUGGUCAGCACCAGUUUAUUCUUGGCAACGAGCCCGACGCUUUGCACAAGUUCCUUGCGGAAACUGGAUGUGCGAUCGUUCUCCCCCCUUCAACUGAUGACAGCGAGUUCCUGACCAUCACUGGUCCCCUUGACCAGAUUGAGAACGGUAUAAACCAUGCGAUGGACCUUGCUACAAGCAUGCAAAUGGCUAGCAUCGAUUUGUCUCGUCAACAUUCCUCCUCUGCGGAUCCUCACGCUCAUGCUCGCGCUUUAACCCAAUACCUUCAUCGACGCCAGGUGUUGAAGCAGCUUGAGGCAACUUAUGACGCACACAUCGCCCUUCCCCACAGCGCCGGAGGCCCAGUCACCUGGGAAGUUUACUCCCGUGACGGUAAGAACACUAUUCGGGCUCGUUCCGACAUUAUGAACCUUGUUCAGGCUCAUCCUCCCUCUCGUCUGCGCCACAUUGCCGUUGACCCAUACUUCCACCCGUAUUUGCGGUCCCGUGGUAUCAGCAAACUCCAGGGCGACUACGGUGUUCACCUUUUGAUUCCUGAUGACAUCGAAAACGGUGAAGUCGUACUUGUCUACGAAGGUCCCACCGCUACCGCCGCUCACUUUGAUGUGCCUCGGCAACGCCCCUCCCCUGCAGAUGUUGCAGCCUUUGAGAAGUCUCUACAAGAGGCUCAGGAUUAUCUCCUGUCUACCCUUGGAAACCAAGGAGAUAUCGUCUCCCAGGCUGUCUCAGUCCCGGCCAAAUUCCAGGAGAAGGCACGAAAGUUCAUCCUCCGCGAACAGGACUCCAUUGAGGAGGGAACUAUUCCUGUCCGUGCCAUUAUUGGUGAGCCGAAGGGUUCCAAGUGUGAAAUCUCCCUCCGUGGUCCUUCGGCCUCUGUGGCGGAGCUCGUUGCCAAGUUGGGCGCUUUUGUUGUAGAGCAAGAAAAGGAUGACCUUGAGCGUGGAUACACCACUACUUUUGACUUCCCCCAGAAAUUUGCCAACUUCUUGAUUGGAAAGCGGGGUGAGAACAUUAACAAACUCCGAGAGGAGUUUGACGUGGAUAUCAAGGUGGAGAACGGUAAGGUUGAGGUCAAGGGACCCAAGGCGAAGGCAGAUGCUGCACGCAUGCGCAUUCUCAAUAUGGGCAAGAAGCUCGAAGACGAGACCACCCACAUUCUCAAGAUUCCUGCGCAGUACCACAGUGAGUUAAUCGGAACAAAGGGAAACCAGGUCAACCGCCUGCAGGAUCGCUACUCUGUUCGCGUACAAUUCCCCCGUUCAGCCCGCGCAGCCGUUCCUUCAGAUGACCAGUCCGUGGUCAGCAGUGAUCAUGGCGCUCCUCGGGGUGGCCGCCCUCAACAGGCUGCCGACGAGGUGUACGUGAAGGGUCCUAGCAAGGGUGCCGACUCUGCUCGGGACGAGAUUCUCAGUUUGUUGCAGUGGGUUGUUGACCAUGCCCACUCUGCAUCCAUUUCCGUGGCCCAGAGCCAGGUCGCGUCUCUGAUCGGCCAGGGUGGUCGUGAGAUGGACAAGCUGCGUGCCGAUACUGGUGCCCAGAUCGGUGUUCCCAGUGCAAGUGAUGCGCCCGACGCAUCGGGUCGCGUUCAGAUCCGUAUCAAGGGUACGAAGCAACAGGUUGCUGAAGCUAAGAAAAUCUUGCAGCAACGGGCGACAGAAUUUGAUGCUACUGUCACCAAGUCUAUUGAAGUCGACAAGAAGUACCACCGGGCCCUGAUUGGCGGAGGUGGUGCCAAUAUUCGUAAGAUUGUAGUCGAUGCCGGUGGCCCCAGCGAUGGCAGUGCCGCCCGUCUUGUUAAAUUCCCUCGCCCUGAGAGCACAGAAUCCACCAUUCGCCUAGAGGGUAACGGCGACGUUGUUGACAAGAUUGUUGCUGCUAUCCAGGCUUUUGUUCAAGAACGCGAUGACCAGGUCACAGAGACUCUGGACGUUCCCACCGUUCAGCACCGCGCCCUGAUCGGCAAGGGUGGAGAUGUUCGUCGUGACAUUGAGUCCAAGUUCAAGGUCACAUUGGAUAUCCCUAAGCAGGGCUCGGGCCGUACUGAGAUCAAGCUCAAGGGCCCCAGCAAUGCUGUUGCGGAAGCUAAGGCUCAUGUCCAGGAUCUCCUGAAAGCCCAGCACGCUGAUGUUGUGGAUGUCCCACGAAACUUGCACCAUGCUGUCGCUGACAGCGGUGCUAUUUUCCGACGCCUGCGCAAUGAUCACCACGUCACUGUCCAUCACUCCGGCCAAGCCCCACCCAGCAACUCUGCUUCUGAGCAGACCCGCGAUGCGACCAACGGCACAUCCCUUCCCCUGAUCACCGACGAGCCCAGUGCUGCUAAAGAUGCUCAUUCGUGGAAGGUUGUUGACAGCAGCAGCGCUACCGAUACUGACGCGACUCCUUUCCCAUGGGUUCUUACUGGCUCUCCCGAGAACGUCGCCAAGGCCCGCGCUCUGAUCGAGAAAGCCAUUACCUCUGCUUCGCAGCAGUCCGCUACCGGUUACUUGAUCCUGCCCGACCCCAAGACCUACCGUUUCGUCGUUGGCCAGGGCGGUAGCAAGAUCAGCUCCAUCCGCAAGAAGACCGGCUGCCGCAUUAACGUGCCCAAGGACCAGACUCUUGGUGAAGCUAUUGAGAUCCGGGGUAGCGCUACCGGAUUAGAGGAAGCUAAGGACCUGAUCCUGGAGGCUGUUCAGAAUGGCUUGAACGGCUCUGGAAGGUGA